UUCGGCGCUUAUGACGGGUCCAUAAAAACGUGGCCUAAACAAACAGACCGAGCUGAAAUCGGAAGGAGGGGUAAACUAUUAUUCAUGCCCAACAGUCGCGGCCGAGGGGCUCAAAUAAGUCCAGAGAUUGAAAAUUAACAUAAUUGCGGUAUAAUAACAGGGUCGAUUCCCUUGGGGGCUGGGAGUGCGUUACCCGCCGUGGUUAAUGGGCGUGGCUCAGUCAUUCGCUUGCGGCAUGUCCACACCUGAGCAACGAUUUUGGUUGGCAGCCUUGCUGUUCCUCUUGAGUCAGCAUUCCAUAGUCCACGGAUUCGGAAUAAAUCUGAUGAAGGUUUCGGCCGAGGAUAAAGGACUGGAGGCUUGCAUCCUGGCAUUGCUGCGGAAGUAUUUCGAUUCUGGGGAUGGACUCUCCGGCUCAGUACUCUGCUUCAAUCGCAACUAUCAGUUGCCCAAUGUCGAAGAGCAGUUCCUAAGAGGCUUGAACAAUUACGAGAAGUAUCCUUGGAGCCUUGUGAUAACCAACUCCAGGGAGGGUCCUUCCACAUCGACAUCCACAUUUCAUAUGAACGAGAAGCCACAGUGCUACUUCCUCAUUGUGGAGAGCCUGGAUGAUGAGGACCUAGACGAGGUAUUCGAGCACUGGAAAGGCAUGGUCAACUGGAAUCCACUUGCCCAAUUCGUCGUCUAUUUGGGCAGUUUGGAGGAAACGGACGAGGAGAUGACCGAUCUAAUGGUGGAACUUCUACUUACAUUUAUAAACAAGAAGAUCUUCAACGUCAAUGUUAUAGGACAAAGCGAGGAAAACCAAUUUUACUACGGCAAAACUGUAUUUCCCUACCAUCCGGACAAUAAUUGUGGGAAUCGCGUGAUAUCUGUGGAAUUACUGGAUGCCUGCGAUUAUCCGAGUGAAGAAACGGAGAGCGAGGACGAAAAUGAUGAAGAGGAGGGAGAUGGCGACCAGGAGGAGCAAGAUGGAGAGCAGGAGGAGGGAGGUGAAGGCCAGGAGAGUGAUGAGGAAAAUGCAUUCCACACCGGGGAAAGUGGUGAAAAUGUUGAGGAAAAUUCAGAGACCACUACUAGUCAAGAAGUUAAUGCGAAUAAUAUAAGCACAGCAGGAACUGAAACUGUUGAAAAUAUGUCUGCAAGCCAAGAGGAAAAUGAUGAAAAUCCGGAUGGAACUAGUGUAUCUCCUGAAUCAAACUACGACAACCGAAGUGAUUCCAAUAACGAGGAAAACGCUGAUGAGCCGCCCGAAAAUCAAACAGAAGAUGAUGAACUAGAGAAUGAUUUGAGUUCCAAUUCCUCCGACCCGGUAGCCACUAUUGAGGAAUUUUUUCGGGCAAAGUUCGAGGAUAAAUUCCCCCGCGAUCUCAGUGGAUGUCCACUCACCGCAUCGUUUCGUCCAUGGGAACCAUAUAUUUUUCGCAACAGCGAGGAGCAACCCGUGGAGGACUACUACUACGGCUUACAAGGCGAUGGAGAUGACUACAACGACACAUCCCCCAGUUAUGGCGAAGCGGACGACGAGAGCUACGCUGAUCCAGAGGAGGACGGUGAUGGAGCCAUUCCGGACUCUGAAACUCAGUCUGGAAAGCUCAAGUUGAGUGGAAUCGAGUACGAAAUGGUGCAGACCAUCGCCGAACGCCUGCACGUCAGCAUCGAAAUGCAGGGUGAAAACAGCAACUUGUACCACCUGUUUCAGCAACUGAUCGAUGGUGAAAUAGAGAUGCUAAUCGGUGGCAUAGAUGAGGACCCGAGCAUCAGUCAGUUCGUUUCCAGCUCCAUUCCUUAUCACCAGGACGAACUCACAUGGUGUGUGGCCAGGGCAAAGCGCAGACACGGGUUCUUCAAUUUCGUGGCCACUUUCAAUGCGGACGCAGGAUUCCUGAUCGGCAUCUUUGUGGUCACAUGCUCUCUGGUGGUUUGGCUGGCUCAACGCGUCUCCGACUUCAAACUGCGGAGUCUCAAUGGAUAUUUCCCCAUCUGCUUGAGGGUGCUGGGAAUCUUGCUGAACCAGGCCAUUCCAGCACAGGAUUUUCCAUUUACUUUAAGGCAAUUGUUUGCGCUUUCGUUUCUAAUGGGCUUCUUCUUUAGCAAUACAUAUCAGAGCUUUCUCAUCAGCACACUGACAACUCCACGUAGUUCCUAUCAGAUCCACACUCUGCAGGAGAUCUAUAGCAAUAGAAUGACCGUGAUGGGCACCUCCGAGCAUGUCAGACACCUGAACAAGGAUGGCGAGAUCUUCAAGUACAUCCGCGAAAAGUUUCAGAUGUGCUACAAUUUAGUGGAAUGCCUCAAUGAUGCAGCGCAGAACGAAAACAUCGCCGUAGCUGUUUCCAGGCAGCACUCCUUCUACAACCCGCGAAUCCAACGAGAUCGUCUCUACUGCUUCGACCGACGGGAAUCCAUGUAUGUCUAUUUGGUCACCAUGCUACUGCCGAAGAAGUACCAUCUGCUGCACCAGAUAAACCCGGUGGUGCAGCACAUCAUCGAAUCGGGUCACAUGCAAAAGUGGGCUCGCGAUCUGGACAUGCGGCGCAUGAUCCACGAGGAGAUAACUAGGGUGCGGGAGGAUCCCUUCAAGGCUCUCACCUUUGAUCAGUUUCGCGGAGCCAUCGCCUUUUCCGGGGGGCUUUUGCUGGUUGCCAGCUGCGUAUUUGCCUUCGAGUUGUGCUACUUUAAAUUUGUUUAUCGGUCUAAAAAAAAGGAAAAGAAAUCAAAAAAUUCACGAAAAAAAGUCCAUAAUAUUAAGAUUGUACAAUGA